UUUAUCAUGCAGUCAGUGGAGCUCAGUCAGUAGACUGUAGUCAGUAACACACCUCAGUCAUCUGGUUUUAGUGAUUCGCGGGUAGUCGUAAGUGUUUAGUCUCAAGCUUGAUCGGGUUACUUUUGUUACAAAUGACAAUAAACUACCGUGGAAUUAACGUCCAUCUUCACUGUCAACGCCACCUAUUUCUGCUAAAAUCAGGACUUGUAAAUCGGGACUUUGGUGCAAAGUCCUGAUAAAAAUCAGUGUUAUAUGCCCGUUAUUGAUUUUUCCCGGUUUAAAUCGUUAAAUCGUCGUUAUUUAAGUUGAUAAUUGUUUUAAACAGACAACGGUUUGUUUAGUGCGAGAGGAAGGGGUGCGUCGCUAGAUCGUUCGACCGGGAAAUGACUAUAUCCUAUGCUAGCGAAGUACCAAACGGAUCCAGCUUUGGCUGUUUCUGGAGAAUACUCCGCAAAUGGCGAGGGUCUGUGUACAAGUUGAUAUGGCGAGAAUUAUUGGUUUACCUCUUUCUCUACUACCUGAUAAAUUUGACCUACCGAUAUGUACUAAACGAGGAACAACAGAGGAUUUUCGAAAAGGUACGUUACUAUUUCGGCAACUCGAGCGAGUCAAUUCCUAUGUCCUUUGUCCUGGGAUUCUACGUGAGUCUCGUUGUCAAACGAUGGUGGGACCAAUACAAACUUCUCCCUUGGCCGGACAACCUGGCUCUCUUUAUCAGUGCCGCCAUUCCUGGAAAUGACGAGAGAGGACGAUUAAUGAGGCGUAACAUCGUACGAUACGCAGUCCUUGCUUACGUUAUCACACUCCAAAGAAUCUCAUUGAGAGUCAAAAGGCGUUUUCCAACUCUUCAACACAUCGUAGACGUAGGUCUAAUGAUGGAGUCAGAGAAGAAAAUAUUUGAAAUGAUGAAUAAAAAAGCAGCGAUGUCGAAGUACUGGAUGCCCUUGGUCUGGGCGACCAACAUAAUAAAUCGCGCGAGAAAAGAGGCUCUAAUAACGAGUGAUCACGUUGUUCAGACGCUUCUGGUGGAACUGAGUGACAUCAGGAAACGUCUUGGUGCUCUCAUUGGUUAUGACACUGUCUGCGUUCCUCUAGUUUACACUCAGGUAGUAACAUUGUCCUUGUAUGCGUACUUUUUCUCAGCGCUACUGGGCCGUCAGUUUGUCGUUCAUUCUGUGGGAGCUGGAAAGUACGAGGAGCCGGACAUGUAUUUCCCCGUCUUCACGACACUCCAGUUUUGCUUCUACGUGGGAUGGCUUAAGGUUGCCGAGGUGCUCAUUAAUCCGUUUGGAGAGGACGAUGAUGAUAUUGAACUUAACUGGCUCAUUGACCGUCAUAUUAAGGCUAGCUAUAUGAUUGUCGACGAAAUGCAUGAAGAGCAUCCAGAGCUCCUGAAAGACCAGUACUGGGACGAGGUAGUGCCAAAAGAUUUGCCAUACACUGUCGCAAGUGAACAAUACCGUCGCGAAGAGCCAAAAGGCUCAGCAGAGCACUACAAAAUAAAAGAGAGCGAUGCCUUGUACGCAAAUGUUAUGCUGGGAUCGCAGAUGCACAGCGUAAACCAGCACAGAAAAGUUCAUCAGGAUGACGUGUAUGCCGAUUAUGAGAGUGUCGAUACGCCUUUGGUUGAAAGGAGGAAAAAUUGGCUCCAACGUCAGAUCAAUCGCAUGGGCUCUGUUAGAAGUUCCUCUACUACCUACAGCAGCAACGGAGGCUUCUUUACACGCAAUCGACACAAUAGUGUCUACAGCAGUCCAGAAAAUGGAGUUUUACCUCAAAUUCACUCUAAUUCUAAUAACAAGCCCUCGUUUUAUGAUAGAAUGGUUGGAAGAAAGAGCAUGAGAAGCCAGCGGAUGAGUCGACAAGGAACAAUGACAAAACUAAAUUCAGUCCCAGUAUCUUUGAAAAAUCGACCAAGAAUCCCAACACCGGAUGUGACAAAGGAAGUUGUAGAUCGCGAACAACGACUAGCUUUAUCUGCUAAUAACACAGCGAACAUCGGAGCAGGAGUAGUGGGAGUAAUCCCCGCGAAUGGAACAUAUUCAUCAGACGUCCCGACAGUGGUUCACGUUGUUCUAUCUCCAAUCGCAGAGACAGAAAACAAUCAAGCAUCAGGAAAAGGCGGAACUGCUGCUCUAGCCCAAGCAGUUUUGUCUCCAACGCUAACUUCUGCUGGAAUAGUAACUCCAGUGACUCUAACACCUGUCACGAUGAGCCAGUUGACCCAGCUGGGGAUAGUGACAACCGCAUCUUCGCCAAUGCCGCGAAUCAACAACAUCCAGACGCUCAGCAAUAAUUCUCUCGAAGAGAGAACAACAUUGACAGAAGUAAACAGCAUCGAGGAGGAAGAAAGGUCCACCGAAGGAAGUAGCAUAAAUUCUCAGAGCACGGCGACCACCGUCGAGCAGCAAAAUGACGAAGACUCUGAACUAGAUGAGGAUGAGAACGAUCGCUCGACCCCGAUGAUUGGCGAGCGUCAAAGUCCCUCUGGUGGGAGCCACGGAAGCACUCCGACUUUUGACUCCUACAACGAACGCUCGGCCAUUCUGAUGAGCCCGGACAAGCUCGGUGGGUACAUUGUCAACCCGGUAUCAGAGAUUCAGCAGAAACAGAGUAAUUUAGAUGCUCGAGGCAGACGAUCUACUUCUCUGCCUUGUCCUCCAGCCAGUAUGCUACGUGAUGAUCGCAGUAAUUCGUUACCUCACUCGCCUGCGAUUCCUGCUGUAAAUAAACACGUUAAUCCGGUGAUAGGUGGGUUGAAUUCCCUCAAUUUGGACGGCAGGCAAAGGACGGGGAGUGUUGGCAGAGAUCUCACGAGGUCUAGAAUUCACGAGCCUCAUCGACGCAUCAGCACACCUGCUAGUACCAAUUCUAAUAUAUUAGCUGCUAAUAGUAAUGUUACAAGACAGAAUUUGCCUGAUAAUAAUCGCGAUGAAGUAUAUGUUUGAUUUAUUUUAAUUUACAUACUCAGAAUAAGUGAAGGUGACAUUUUAGGUUUUGAAUUUGAGUCAGUGUCUGUUAGGUUAAUGUAAAUAUUAUUUAUCAAUUUUGUUUUAUUGAUUUUAACGCAGUGUCAUGAUAUUUUUAUUGUGAUACGGCCGAGGAUAAUUGAAUUAUAUUUUAUU